AUGGCCUACCCAACAUCAACAAGAGCCUUCCGUCGCACAUCCGAUGGCAGCAAUAUCGAACUGGUUUUCGAGGCCAUCCCUCAAAAGUUGCAGCCAACACAAGUUCUGCUCAAGAUCCUUGCUGUUUCAUUGAACUUUCGGGAUGUGGGCAUGCUCCAUAAUCGCUAUCCAAUUCCUGUCGUCCCACACGGGAUUCCCUGUUCGGACGCAUCAGCCACAGUCAUCUCAGUCGGUUCUUCAGUCACAGAAUUCGCCGGGGGUGACUUUGUAGCCCCCACCUUCCGCGAGACAUGUUCAGGAGAGAUCAAAGCGCUGGGUGGGGAUGUGGAUGGCGUGUUGAGAGAAUAUGCUAUCUUCGACCAGUGCGACAUCACAAAGAUUCCAACCUAUUUGAAUGCUGCAGAGGCAUCGACUAUUCCUUGUGCUGGAGUGACCGCAUGGACAGCUCUGGACUUUGAUAAAAAGAAACAGGGAAGAAGUGCCCUGAUGCAAGGAACUGGAGGCGUCAGCAUUUUCGCUACAUUGCUUUGUGUAGCUGCUGAUAUGGCCGCCAUCAUCACUUCUUCUUCUGACGAGAAGCUUAAGAAGUGUAAAGAGUUGGGUGAAGGCGUGCAAGUCAUCAACUACAAAACAAACCAGAACUGGAGCGAGGAGGCAUUGAAAUUAACCCACGGAAAGGGUGCGGAUAUUGUCAUCAACAACGUCGGCAUCACCUCUAUGGAGCAAUGCUUCAACGCUCUCGCGAGAUACGGCACAAUCUCGCUGGUAGGCUUUCUGGGUGGCGUCGACCAAAAGCAAGUCCCUGAUUGUUUCACCCCUGUCCUGAUGAAAGCGGCUAGAGAGAAGAAGAUCGACCUCAAGCCUUUGGUCGACAGAGUGUUCAAGUUUGAGGAGUCGGUUGAUGCAUUCGAAUAUCUGUACUCAGGUGCUCAUACUGGCAAGGUCGUCAUCAAGAUCUGA